AGCAUUAAAUAUAAAAUGAGUAACUAUAGAACAAAGCUAAGAGGCUUUGGAAUUCCAGAUGUUACAUGCAAUGCGUUGAAGCAUAAAAGUCCUGAUGACAGGACGUCUGCAAAAAAUGUUAAAAAGGCAAGAAGAGCAGAGGUCAACUAUCUCCCGCCCUACCCUGCUGGUGAAGAUGAGCACAGCUUGGAAAAAAUAAGAGAAGAACUAAUCACUGAGUUCAAGAAGAAGAAUAAUGAAAAGAUGGUCAGUGACAAAAUGAGCAAAACAUUUGCCCUCAGGCGACAUGAAGUCAUCAACCAAUGUCCAAGUGUUCAAGCCAUGAAGGACCGUUGGCCUGCCCUGUUUAAUUGUUCCCAGAUCAGUGCAGAAUUUCAGAGGAUCACUACUGUGCCUCUGGAGCCCACAUUUAUGGCUGCGUUGGACCUUCACACUCCCAAGUUACUCAAGCUGUUUCGAGCCAAAGGUGGAGCACUUGGACAAAGACUGCGAAUCAUAAUGGAACUAAUGGAGGAUUCUUCACACCCUUCUGUUGAGAGGACCAGAGAGGUUGUCCUUCGGUGCCUGGUAGAAUACCUUGGUGAAAGUGGGGAACAUCUGAUCACAGAAUUCAAUGACACAGAGGACUUGGAGGAACUUGAGCAGCUUGUGGUGACGAUCACUGUGAUCACAAAGGCUGGACAUUCCCCAAGUGACAACUCAAAGGAAAUUGGAAUCGUCAUUGAGGGCACGGAAGUUAUCACAGGACUUGGAGACAUAGCCAGAGCUUGCUGUCUCCUCUUUGGCUUGACCUACACACUGAACCUCAGUUAUCCCAGGAAGCUUAAGUACACCUUUGAGGUAUUCCAAAAACUUCUAAUGGAACUAGAAGCAACAAAGCUGUCAAAGAAAGUCCAGUCCUUCAGGAGCAAACUUCUGGCUUGAAAUAAGCCUGGGUCCACAGUGCGAGCUGUUGUGCCACACAAUGGUCAGCUCCUGCAGAGCCUGAGAAUGAUUUGUACUGAUCUGGACUCUAAACCACAAACACUAUUGAAAUAGCAUACCAGUGCACUUUUUUGUUUUAUGUUAUGGCACUAGCACUGCUAGAGGAUGUUUCCUAAACUUCAGGCACAAUGUUUUCAAGUCACACAGUGUCCUUAAAUGGUACUCUUGAGUCCUAUUUUCUUUAAAGCAUUUGAUUUACUUUUUUACAACCUUUUUUGAACUUGAUACUUCUGUGUGACUCAAUGUUCAGCCUCCACAGAGCUUAAGAAUAGCACAUUUGGAAGUGCCAGGUUUGUUAGUGCUUAUUACCAAAAAUUAAAGUGAAAUUGCUGUUGUGAUCAGUUCAUGGUAAAAAUGUUAACUUACUACAUAUUGAAGGACUUUUGUUGUUCUUUAGGAUCAAAAUUGAUAUUAUUCAUCGUGUUACUAAGGUAAGAAAGCAUGAAAACUAAUGUGCGUUACUGCUGAUGAGUUUCUCAAAUGUAUUUUUGUUGUCCUCUAGAUGGAUAAUUGCACUAAGAGUAGGAGGAGCUUCAGUCCUUCAGUGUUCUGCUUCUCUAGAGCUUGAGAAUUGAGCAUUUGAAAGUGCCAGGUUUGAAUGUUAGUACCAAUUUGGGCAUGUAAAUGCAAUUUCUGUUUUGGUCACCUGUUGUAAAAAAAAUUUUCUACAUUCCGUUUAAUUUAUUUAUCUUGUGUCACAUGCACUUCAGCAAGGUUUUUCUUUUAGACAGGAAACUAUUCUUUUAGUUUAUACCAGGACCACUGGUCUUCUGGGAGUCUCAUUUGAGACAGGCCUUUUUAUUUAUUUGGAAAUUAAAGUUGCGAGAACAGUUUACAUAAGUCUUAAUGUUUCCUGGAAUACUUUG